UUGAGUUAGCUGUUAACUACACCUGAAUGAAUGCAGAGGCAGUCGUGUUAAACAGGCUAGAUAUUCGUCGAUAAAGUAUUUACCAGUCACUCAAUUAACUAUUUUUACAUGUAGAACUCGUUCCGUGAAAAUAGACAUUAUAUAUUUCCGUGCGUUUGUUCAGCAGGCUAACGUUAGCUGCCUUCCGUUUUUCUUGAUAGGAAAGGGCUAAUAUUUUCUACAAGGACGUCGGAGCUAGCGUUAACACUGCGAAGUUAAACUGAUCAUUAUUGUCCCGACUUGGACGGAUAGUGAUCAGCAUUUGUGCCCGAUUCUGUUUUUUUUAUUUUCUCUGCUGCAUAUUUGCUGUCUGGGGGCAGAAAGAACGAGACUUCCUCCAUUUUAGCAGGACAACAAUGUCUACAUCCAACGCCAAUUUCAAAAACAAGUGUGUGACCCAGGUGAAUUGCAUAUUUUGUGACAGUUUGCUCUGCACGAGAGGCAUGAAAGCAGUGCUUCUUGCAGACACCGAGGUUGAGCUGUUUUCCACUGAUAUACCACCCAACAGAACUGUUGACUUUGUGGCCAGCUGCUACUCGACUGAAAGCUGCAAAUGCAAACUGAGAGACAUCGCAUGUCUCAAGUGCGGUAAUGUUGUGGGUUAUCAUGUUGUGGCCCCCUGUAAACCCUGCCUGCUCUCCUGUAACAACGGCCAUUUCUGGAUGUUCAAUAGUGAUGCCGUGUCUACUCUUAACAGACUGGAUGCGACAGGUCUGAAUCUGCUCCUGUGGGGAGAUCUUCCAGAGCUGGAUGACAGUGAAAAUGAGGAAUCAGAAAGCCCAUCAGAGGAGGAGUGCAUUAGGUAGAGAGGGAAAUGGACAACUUGGGAGAUCUGGAGCGCUAACAUUUGGAGAUGUGGAACUACACGAGUGUACAAACCAUGCUGUGAUAAGAGAUAAAAGAGGGGCCUUAAAGGGUCAUUUAACAGUGAAUCACAUAUCGGCUGUUUACACUUGGUUUUAAAAUGUGUUUGCAGUGAUCCGAACACAAACGGACAGCCGAGACGCAUCGCUGUGCACACCUGUGUCUCCAAGGUGUCCAGCUGACCAUUUGUGUUCAGGUUUCAUUUCUGCCUACGUCACAUCCACUAAAAGGUCAAAGGGCCUUGCACACAGUUAUUGCAUCAGAUUUGUUUCGCACAGGCUAACAAAGAAAAAUGUUUCAAGAGCUAAUGUUUGGGAUAUUCCAACUGUUGAGAUUAACAGGAGAGGUCAAUUUGUGUCACCAAAACAAACACCACGUCCUGUAUUGGUGACAUAUUUUCCUGUUAUGUCUUGACGCAUUAGCGUUUCAACGACAAAAGAUACGAGGUCAAAUGCGUCCCAGACCACCUCGUCAAGUGGUUUGAGUGAUCGGAUCACAGUGCCUCUAUCCGAUCAUCCAAGAAGCAUUUUUUUAAAACCAAAUGUAAACAGAGUCACAGGGCAGAAAAGUGCUGCUGUACUGCUCUACAUUAAAACAAUACACUUCUGGUCACACCCUUAUCAGUGUUAUUACAGCAGGUGUUUUGUUUUUGCCAGCUGAUGGAGAACACCUGCCAUGACAUCACUGAUUGCAGUCUGGCCAGAAAUGCAACAUACCAAACCCACAGACAACAGCACAGCAGUUGUUUUUGUCCCUACAUAAUUCAGUGUUUAAUUACUCUUUAACCAGUGACCAUGCCUUGCCCAUCACCUUUCACUGUUAAAAGCACAGACACACACGUUGUCACACACAUUCUUUUCUCUCUUAUUUGUGUAUUCGCGUGGGCUAUUAUAAAACGUCGGCUGAAGUAGACUGAAAAUAACAGAUGACUAGACUCCUUCAUCUAGUGCAUUUUACCUUUCAUCACAAAGUCUCCACUGAGCUCAUGGUUCUUGAUCAGCCUCAUGAAAAGCUGAGAUUGUGGUCUGAUAAGUCGAUGGAACUUAACCAGUGAAUGCUGUGCUUUAUCACGCUGUUUACGUUAAGUCCAGUUUUAUUACAAGGCAACCACAAUUUCGCCUGCCUUCUUUUUAAUGGCAGUUAUAAUCUGUUCAUUGAAGAUGCUGUAAUAAGUAAAAACUCACAUUAACAGUCAUGUUUGUUAAAAGCUUAUAUUCUCUCCGUGUGGCUGGGUGCUGACUGAAAGAUUGAGGGCUUUUUUUGAAUCCCAUAUAUUGGAGAAAUAGCACAAUUAUUGAACAAUAUCUAUCUAAGUUCCUUGCUUUUAAGGGCAUAUUUGAUAUAGGUUACCUUAUACAAUCUGACGCUCUAUCAAGUGAUGUGUUUUGAUAUGCUAAUAGUGUUUGUUACACACCUGACAGCAGCAGUAUGUGUUUAACACCCAGAUGAAUCUGACUGUAGCAGUAUCUGAUACUAACAUACUAACUUAUGCAUUGGGUGUGCCUCCAUAAAGUCCUGGGGCAGCUGAAUUUAAAGAUGAUUUGUUUUUUUAAAUAUAUAAUUCCAAUCAAGUAAUUAAGUUCCCAGAUUGAUGAUAUUGGAAAGCUAGAAUGGACGUUAAAACAGGUGCACUUUUGCGACACUCUGCGACUCUUCCAUGUGGCUCUUUUAAGCAAAAUCAGAAAAACGGGAGUUCUAAAUGGAUUUCGGUGUUCGUGCUCUGUUUUGUUACACAGCUGUUCCAUUUUGUAUAUAGCAGCAUAACUGUAGCACCUGAGGAGAAGGAAAAAAGUCAACUCCAAAGAAUCAUGGAACAUAUCAAUAUUUAUUGAAUUUACAGAUGCUACCCCUCAAAAGAGACCGCCACGUCAUUUCAAGCCAGUUUACAGAAUAGCAUUUCACAUUUUUAAGUUAUCUGUUCUGAAGUGAAGCUUAAAUCAGUGCAGCUGACCAUUAAACUCUCAACCUUCAGUAUUCUUUCAGCCUUGAUCCUGUUGUGAUUUGCUGACAAUGAACCUUUUGUCAAGCUGUGGACUCCGAAGCUGUAUGUUAGUUGGUCAUCAUCACCAGCUGACCAGGCCUUCUGCUCAGUCCGUUGUGCCAGACACAAGCUUCAACAUCCUCCAGUCUCAAGGGACUUAACUCGCAUCAGUCCUUUUUUUUUCUUUUUUUUUGGCAGUGCCAUCCUUGAGCUCUUGUUGUUGUUUCACUGCUGUGCCCUGCUAGUACUAUGAUCCAGUCUUAAAGUUAACUGUCCUUCUGUGAGUGGAUGAGUUUUCCCGUAUUGUCGGCAAACAUUAUCAAAGAAGCAAAUGCGAGAAUGUAGCUUCUUAAUUGAAGGAAAAGGAUAAAGGUUUUAUAGCCUCUAUGCUCAUCUAUGCUGUAGCCUUUAGUUAUGAAAAAAUACACAUAGAGGAGGGGAAACUUUGUCCAGAAUUUACAUGUCCUACACUUUAAAGUUAUAACUGACAGCCUGCUACACUUGCACACCAAAUACUGUCUUUGUGGUAACCUGAUAGGAUACAGUAUAUCAGCUAAAUAUUUAUUAAAUCCACAAACCAAAUAUCUAUAACCACAUACUUCCUUUUUUUGUUUACAAACUUUGUUUACAAAUGCAUUGGUUUGUAUUGUGCUAUAGUACUUACAUUUUUGUUCGUAUUUAAUAUUUCAUUUGUGAUGUAGUGCUUUGUUUUGUAUGUGAAAGGUUGGAUGUGUACAGUUUUACCUCAUGAAGGUAUCACUUGCGAGCUUCCUCUGGCUAGGACAAUUGUCAAAUGAUAAUCAAAAAAUAUAUAUUUAAAUGGCUGUUUCUGAUGUGAAUGACUUUGAUUAACAUGACCUGCUGAAAAUGUAUAUUUUGGAAUUGCACUGAAGCUGCAUUGGUAGUUUGAAAAACUGAGACUUUGUUGUUUUGUAUGCUUGUUAAAUUAAUAAACUUUUUUUUUUCAAA